CUGACUCUCGCGCCAAUUUUUCCCGCUACUUGUCAUUGUCAAAAUAUCAAGUCUAAAUUGUGGUUGCCGAUUAUCGGUGCUUCGUUUGUUCGUUCGUUUCGAUCGUCGUGUAAAAAGCUGUAAUAUUUUUGGAAAAUCAAAAUGUUUGAAGCACGUCUUCUCCGUAGCUCCAUCCUUAAAAAGGUGUUAGAAGCGAUAAAAGAUCUUCUAACUCAAGCUACAUUUGAUUGUGACGAUAGUGGAAUUCAAUUACAGGCUAUGGAUAACUCUCAUGUGUCACUUGUUUCCCUUACAUUGCGUGCUGAUGGUUUUGAUAAGUAUAGAUGUGACAGGAAUAUUUCAAUGGGGAUGAAUUUAGCAAGUAUGUCCAAAAUUUUGAAAUGUGCUGGUGAUAAAGACACAGUGACCAUGAAAGCUCAAGAUAAUGCUGACACUGUCACAUUUGUAUUUGAAAGCCCAAACCAAGAAAAAGUAUCUGAUUAUGAGAUGAAGCUCAUGAAUUUGGACCUUGAGCAUUUAGGCAUUCCAGAGACUGAGUACAGUUGUACAAUACGUCUUCCCAGUGCUGAGUUUGCAAGAAUUUGCCGUGACCUUUCACAGUUCGGAGAGUCUAUGGUCAUCUCAUGCACUAAAGAAGGUGUAAAAUUCUCAGCAAGUGGUGAUAUCGGAUCAGCCAAUAUCAAACUAGCACAGACUGCAUCUGUUGAUAAGGAGGAGGAAGCUGUUGUUAUAGAAAUGGAUGAACCAGUGACCCUUACGUUCGCCUGCCAGUAUCUCAAUUACUUCACAAAAGCUACCUCAUUAAGUCCACAGGUGCAAUUGUCGAUGUCAGCUGAUGUGCCUCUAGUAGUCGAGUACCGCAUCCAAGAUAUUGGCCACAUUCGCUACUACUUGGCUCCCAAAAUUGAAGAGGAAGAUAGUUGAACAUGAAGCCCGCGUUUAUUAUCAAGUUUGGUUUAUAAUAUGUAAUUUUUGCACCUCCUACAUACACUGUGUGUAUUAUGAAAAAGUGGAUAUAAGAAUUAUGUAAACAAUCUUAAUAAAAAAAAAAUAUAUGCAAGUUUUCUAAAUAAUUUCAACAUU